ACAUUGAGCAUAAGGUAGUGAUCUCCUUCGAGGAAAUUGCUCAAGUGUCAUAGUCUACUCUCUCUCUCUCUUUAUAUGUAUAUAGUUCGCCAGAAUCAAUGGAUACGAAGGUCAUCUCCACCGGAAUCCGGUACUCCAGCCUCCCAGAAAGUUAUGUCCGGCCGGAAUCGGAGAGACCGAAACUAUCCGAGGUCGAAGAUUGCGAAGAUGUACCCAUAAUUGACUUAGGUUGUUCCGACCGAGUAUUAAUAGUCCAGCAAAUCGGCCAUGCUUGUCGGAUUUAUGGUUUCUUCCAGGUGACAAAUCAUGGAGUAUCGACGGAGGCGGUGUUGAAAAUGCUACAAGUGGCACAUGAAUUUUUCCAAUUGCCGCUGGAGGAGAAGAUGAAAUUGUACUCCGACGACCCAUCAAAGACUAUGAGACUCUCCACAAGUUUUAAUGUCAAGAAAGAAAAAAUUCACAAUUGGAGAGACUACCUCAGACUCCAUUGCUACCCUUUAGAUCAAUAUGUUCCUGAAUGGCCCUCAAACCCUUCUUCUUUCAAGGAUAUUGUAAGUAAUUACCGCAAAGAAGUCCGGGACCUUGGCUUCAGAUUGCAGGAAUUAAUAGCAGAGAGCCUAGGCCUUGACAAAGACCAUGUAAAGAACGUGUUGGGCGAGCAAGGACAACACAUGGCAGUCAACUAUUACCCACCAUGUCCCGAACCAGAGCUGACAUAUGGGUUGCCGGGGCAUACAGACCCAAAUGCCCUCACAAUUCUUCUUCAAGAUCUUCAAGUUGCAGGCCUUCAAGUCCUCAAGGACGGCAAGUGGAUGGCUGUCAAAUCCCACCCCAAUGCUUUUGUCAUUAACAUUGGUGAUCAAUUGCAGGCUCUGAGUAAUGGGAGAUACAGAAGUGUGUGGCAUCGAGCCCUUGUCAAUGCUGAUAAACCAAGGAUGUCAGUGGCCUCCUUCCUCUGCCCGAGUGAUGAUGCUUUGAUUAGCCCACCGAAGGAACUCACCGAGGAUGGAACUGGAGCGAUAUACAGGAAUUUUACAUACGCAGAGUAUUACAAGAAGUUUUGGAGCAGGAACCUGGAUCAAGAACAUUGUUUGGAACUAUUCAAGAACGAAUAAC